GUUUCUGUUUCUGUUUCUGCUCGUGUUCAUCAUGAAGACUUUUGUGGCACUAAUUCUGUUGGGAAUCCUAAUAAAAGACAGCACAUCGAUUAUCCACACUCUGAGAAUAUUUGAAACAUCUUCGUCUCAAGUCCCAAACUUCCCAGAGUAUGUUGUAGUCGGUGUGUUGAAUGAUCUGGAGAUAUUGCGCUGUGACGGUGAGACCAGGAGAAACAAGCCCAAACAAGAGUGGAUGAACAGAGUGACAGAGGACGACCCAUUGUUCUGGAUCUGGACCACACAGCUCUGUGUGAAUUAUCUGCAGAGGAGCAAAGGCAACAUAGAGAAUAUAAAACAACUCCUCAACCAGACUGAAGGUGCUCACAUUUGGCAGUGGAUGUUUGGUUGUGACUGGGACGAUGAGACUGAUGACAUCACUGGGUACGUUCAGUGCGCCUUUGAUGGAGAGGACUUUAUUUCCCUGGACCCCAGCACAGAGUCCUGGGUCGCUGCUAAAUCUGAGGCGGUUUUUACUAAAAUGAGAUGGGAGAGAAGUGGACAAAUUCAACGUUACAAACACUACAUCCACAAAGUCUGCAAUGUCGGGCUGAAGAACUUUGUGCGCUAUGGAGAGAAAACUCUGAGGAGGACAGAGCUCCCCCUGGUGUCCCUGCUGCAGAAGUCCUCCUCUUCCCCGGUCACGUGUCACGCCACAGGUUUCUACCCCGACAGAGCCAGGCUGUUCUGGACCAAAGAUGAAGACGAGCUGCUAGAGGACGUGGACCCUGGAGAGAUCCUGCCCAACGAAGACGGGACCUUCCAGACCAGUGUGUCCCUGGACCUGUCCUCUGUCCCCCCUGAGGACUGGGACAGGUACCACUGUGUGUUCCAAGUGUCCGGGGACAAAAAUAAGUAUGUGACCAGACUGGACCGGAGCAAGAUCAGGACCAACGCCAAAAAUCCCCCGACCUCCAUCAUCGCUGCUGUGGUCGUUGUGGGAGUCGUCAUCGUCGCUGCUGCUGUGGCUCUGUUUGUGAUCAGACGAAAGAGAGCCAGAAACAACUGUCGACAAGAUGCUCAGGUGAAACAAAAUCUAAAUCCUGUUACCCAGGCAACAAAUUUUUGUUUGUUUUCAGCUGGGGAAACAUCAGAUCCAGAGACACAGACACUGAGGCCUGGAGCUCCUGAGGCUGAGUCCACUGAGUAACACUGAACGCCGCUUUAUUCCUCUGUUUUGGUGAACUUUGUCCUGGAUAACACAAUGUUUAUAAAUCCUCUUGGUCAUGCCUUCGAUCAGUGUUUCUCAAACUGUGGUGUGUGUACCAGUGCUGGUACAUGGGGCGCUCUGCAGUUUGAAUAUUUGUUUUAUUAAGAGACAAAUCUAUGAAUGUUUUUGUCCUCAUUGGGAUGAAUCAUCAUGUAGAACUACCUCAUCCCUAGAUUUUAGAGCUGGUUUAGUCUCAUUAUGAUUUUCAUUAAUAAUAAUAAUUUUUUUAUUAGUGUAUUGCUGGUCCGCACCACUGGAAUCAUUUCACAAACAAACCUUUAAAAUCCUAGACUGAAAAUCACGACGACACCACCACCUCCAUGUCCUACAAAAAUACAGACUGUUUAACUCUGACAUAUACAAAGACUGGCCUUUAAAUCGACUGGUAUAUAAAACCCUGAAUAACUCUGCACCUGCCUCCACCAGGGGGCAGUGUACCAUAUGAAAAUGCAAAACAAACAGCCUUCUCCUAUAAAACAAUAAAGGAACAAUCUCCCAACUGAAGUAAAAAAUAAACUAAAAACAAACUUCAAGCAUUUUCUACAGUUUGUGGAACUUGAACCAAGCAUCACAAACUAAAAUGAAGAUGAUUUUUGACUUUGUUCUAAUUUAUCUGUAGUCAUUUAUUUUAUUUAUUUAUCUUUAUUUAUACAGGGGGAUCCAGUGAGAGCAUUUGGACUCUCUUUUUCAUGGACGCCCUGUUUAAAAUACAAUACAAGCAGAAAAAAACACACGAAACAAACAAGUAUACAAGUCUAUUAAAAACUGGGGCAGGUGUGUGUAUAAAAGUUUGUUAUCAGAUUAUUAAAUUUCGAUUGUGUCAUCAGUGUAUCCAGUUUUCCUUUUUAUUAAGACAGCUAAAAUUAUAUAGAUUUAAAAUGUAGAAAGAUGCAGAUGUAAUGACAUGAGUUUGUGGUGAUGGUGCAGUGUCAUUGGAGGCUGUUCAAAGUGCUGCUCUGUACAGUGAAUCAGUCACUUGUUGUUGUGAUCCAGUUUUGUAAAUAAAUAACUUGGAUUUUAUUAUAGAACAUUGAGCAUAUUAUUAUUUUUCUAUUGUGAACUUUUGUAGAACUUUUAUCUUGUGUUUUCUCAGUGACACCAGUCGCACUGUUUGAUCAGCA